GUGGAAAGGUUGGCAGGAAAAAGAAAUGGCAGCCGGCGCGCUGCGGUGUUGGCAGUAACCAAAAUGACAAAUUUCUCGACAGACCACCCCUCGCACGUACACAGAGUACGUUAAUAUGAGGAAGUUACCUAAGAGUUCCAUAGAUUCAUUCAACUAGAAACGCGUUUCAAAGACUUUAAGGCAUGGCUUUACUCUAUGAGAUGGUGUGGCGGUUUUUGCAUGCGUUGCUGUAUGUCCAACGCACGCUGGUCGCCUGGUUCCGAGUCCACAUCUGGAGAUGGAAACGGGCCGUGGUGGGCUUAUUACUGCCCCUUGCCCUCGGCUUUCAUAAUCCGAAAAAAACGGGACCCAUAGGCAAACGGACAAGCCGCCGUAUUCGCUUUGGAGCCGAAGGAAGGACGUUAGAGAAGCUGCCACUUCAUGUGGGGUUAUUGAUCACUGAGGAGGAGAUCCACUUCACUGACAUCGCCAAUCUAGUGGUCUGGUGCAUGGCAGUGGGCAUCUCAUAUGUCAGUGUUUAUGAUAAUCAAGGUGUCUUCAGGAGGAAUAACUCCAGACUCAUGGAGGAGAUCCUAAAACAGCAGCAGGAGCUUUUGGGAAUGGACAGCUCCAAAUACUCGGUUGAGUUUAUGAAGAACGGUACAGAUAAACAAGAGCAUCAAGUGUUAUCUUGUCAGUCAAUGGUGAAGGUCUUAUCUCCCGACGAUGGGCGGCUCAGUAUCGUCCAGGCAGCCCAGCAGCUCUGCCGGGACGUCGAGCAAAGGGAAAAGACAUCCAAAGACAUUAAUGUCACUGUGCUGGACUCAUUACUCAGAGAGUCAAAGAACAUACCAGACCCAGACCUGGUGCUAAAGUUCGGCCCUGUGGAAAGUACACUUGGAUUUCUUCCCUGGCACAUCAGACUGACGGAGAUCAUCUCCAUGCCGUCCCACGUAGACGUCUCUUACGACGACCUGUUCGGUGCUCUGCAGCGCUACGCGGUGUGCGAGCAGCGGUUGGGCAAAUGAGGAAGAGUCCACAGAGAGCAGAACAGAAGGACCUGAACGAGCGAGAGGGAAUGGAGAGGGUCCGUCCCUCUCUUAAUGUUUACAGUAUAAGCACUGGAGCCUCAGCGCCAGCAACCCGCUGCUGCUGCUCUUCUCCGCCCGGAUCAUCUCUGCUCUUCUCUGCCAAGGCCUGCCGGGCAUCUCUCUCUGUGUGUAUGUGUGCGUGAUUAUACUUGUGCGUUUGUGUAUGUGUGAGUCUCCCGUGAGUAACCACACGCAGAAAAGGACGCAAGCACUGCCCUGCGAUGCGCCCACCAGCAAGCCGGUCGCUCGAUGAACUUGGUUAACCAUAUGGUGUAAAUUUACCGUCCCCCUUUUUUUUUUUUUUUUUUUUUUUUUUAACACCUUCCCAUAUCUUUGGACACUUUGGAUUGGUGGCAGUUCGUAAAAGUGCACUGAACUCUUUAUGGAGAACGAGGUCAAUGCGCUUGUAGUUGCACAGCUGCUUUCAGACGUGCGAGAGUUUUCUAUUCGACGAAUCUUCUGCAUGCCGAAUCUGUCUUGCUGUAACGUCACGCUCCCAUUAAGGCUUUACAAGCACGCUGCAAAUGGUUGUGUGUGUGUUUACUUGUUAUUGUGUUCGAAUGUGCGCGUGCGUGCCACAAAUGACAGUAAUUACCAUUAAACCCUGAAGUUUGUAAUUCUAAGUGCGUAAAUUGAUUGCUCUACGUCGUUCCCCCGAAAGCUCUCGCUGUUUGUAAUGGCUUGUGGCGCUAAUUAUGUUUUUAUUUGAUUUUUAUUUGUCAUCAGUAAAUAUUGUUUCUGUUAUUUUCCUCUGUCGAUAUCUCUAUGGAUCAGAAAUGCUUCGCAUUAAUAUUUCGUGAGAUCCGUGAUUGUUUUUUUAUAAAAUGCCACAGGCUUUUCAUCGUUCUGCUCACCAAAAGACGAAGUCUUAAAUGUGUAAUUCAUGGGUUGCCGUCGGAAGGGUUGGUUUGCUAGUGUCCAGCGUGAAUGUACAAUAAACGUUACUGAAUCCUUUAA